ACGUUGGGAAAAUGACCUUCUCAUCGACAUGUUUCCCCUAAAUUUAGGCAGGGGAAGAAACGUCAGUCUGCUCAUCGUGCGGGGCACAGGUAGAGUCCUGCACCCCCUCCGGAAACUCUGACUCCACGCAAGUUGCUUUUUUUUUUUUUUUUUUUUUGGAUGACACAUUUGUUUCGAAGAGUCACGCCGGCAAGCGGCUCCACAGACGCGACCACUCGCACGGCCUGAGCGGAGCGGAGCGGCGCGGCGCGGCGCCCCCGGCCCCGGGAUGAAGUCCUGCAAGCCCGGCCACUCGGCGGCGGGAGCGCGCGUCCCGCUCCCUUGCGGCGGCGGCGCCGACUGCGCAGGCGCCUGCGCCGGGUCGGGGCGCCUGGAGAGCGCGGCGCGCAGGCGCCUGGCGGCCAACGCGCGCGAGCGCCGCCGCAUGCAGGGGCUGAACACGGCCUUCGACCGCCUGCGCAGGGUGGUGCCGCAGUGGGGCCAGGACAGGAAGCUGUCCAAGUACGAGACCUUGCAGAUGGCGCUGAGCUACAUCAUGGCUCUCACGCGCAUCCUGGCGGAGGCCGAGCGCUUAGGGUCGGAGCGGGAUUGGGUCGAUCUCCACUGUGAACAUUUCAACCGAGAUCAUUACCUCCCGUUCGCGGGUGCAAAGCUGCCCGGCGACAGCGAGCACUGUGGCCAGAGGCUCUUCGGCUUCCAGCCCGAGCCCUUCCACAUGGCCACUUGAGGCUCCAGAGCCCCCGGGAAUAAGCUGCCCCGGGCCCCAGGCCUGCACGCGCGGCCUCCCCAGCAGGGACUGUGGCCGCACCGAGCAAGCUUUCAGGUCGCUUUUAGUCGCCUCCCCAGUAACACAGACGCGAUCAUUUUGUUGACUUUGUUUGUCUCUUCGUCAGUACUUUGUAGAUUUCACGAAUGCGUCUUGUUGGCUUCCUGGCCUGCUCUCUGGCUACAAAUACCUUGUAAAGAAAAUUCUACUAUGUAUUUUAACUACAGAGGUUUGCAUAGAAUAAAUACUCAAUAUCUCAUUUGUACUUAA